UUCUACUGCGCAUGCGCUCUGGCCUCCGAAGAGUCUCCUUGUCGGUGAGGGCAGAGCAUCAUCCCAGGCAGUGCUUCUAGGCUUCGAUUCCCGGCGGCAUGGCGGCAGCAGCGGCGUAUAGGCUGGUCUUAGUCCGGCACGGAGAGAGCGCCUGGAACCUGGAGAACCGCUUCAGCGGGUGGUACGACGCGGACCUGAGCGCCACAGGCCAGGAAGAGGCGAGGCGAGGCGGAGAGGCGCUGAGAGAUGCUAACUAUGAGUUUGACAUCUGCUUCACAUCCGUGCAGAAGAGGGCAAUCCGCACUCUCUGGACUGUGCUGGAUGCCAUUGAUCAAAUGUGGCUACCCGUAGUGAGAACCUGGCGUCUCAAUGAGAGGCAUUACGGUGGUCUGACAGGCCUUAACAAGGCUGAGACUGCUGCAAAACAUGGAGAGGCCCAAGUGAAGAUCUGGAGGCGUUCCUAUGACAUCCCACCUCCUCCCAUGGAGCCGGAUCACCCUUUCUACAGUGCCAUCAGCAAGGACCGUCGUUAUGCUGACCUAACUGAAGAUCAGUUGCCUACAUGUGAGAGCUUGAAAGAUACCAUUGCUCGGGCCUUGCCCUUCUGGAAUGAGGAAAUUGUUCCACAGAUCAAGGAAGGCAAGCGGGUGCUCAUUGCUGCCCAUGGCAACAGUCUCCGUGGCAUUGUUAAACACCUAGAAGGAAUGUCUGAAGAAGCUAUCAUGGAACUCAAUCUGCCCACUGGGAUCCCUAUUGUCUAUGAGCUGGACAAAAACCUGAAGCCUAUCAAGCCCAUGCAGUUCCUGGGAGAUGAGGAGACAGUCCGCAAGGCUAUGGAAGCUGUGGCAGCUCAGGGGAAGGUCAAAAAGUGAGGUCCAGGGAAAGACAUCUGUAGGAGGUCCCCUCCCUUGUCCCUUUCCUCCCCAGCACAUGCCUGCCACAGCCUAAGGGACUAGGUGGUGAGCCAAAGGAGGUGAAGCUUUUUGGGGCCAAGAUCCAUUUCCUUCCACAUUCACUCCCCUUUCCCACCCAGACCUGGCUAGAUACCUAAAGAUGGGGACCAAGGUCCAGCAGAGGCUCUGGGAGAGUAGUAAGCCCACUGCAAUUGAAUGUGAUGCUGCUUAAGUGAAAAGGGACCCAGCUACUCCCCAGCAUUCCCAAAAACAGUGUCCCUCUCGCUUUCAUUCCAUUUCACGUGGCAGCUGUAGAUGCAUCAGUCAAGUGUUACUUGAUGUGGCUUUGUCGUCACUUUUGUGAUUUAAGACUAGGGAUGUUUGAAAUAACACAGCUGUGACACAAGGCCUGUUAUUUUAGAAAACAGCUUGCCACUUAACUAAAAGGACAUUUUUUUUAGCUGUCCUUACAGCUCUAUCUGAUUUUGUGUUAGGUGACAAUAGCCAACUUUUAUGUGAUUGCCUUCAAAACGCCAGGAAGAAGGGUUGAGGCUAGGGAAGAGAAGGGAACAGCACCUUCCCUGUGAUUUCCAACUGUGACCCCAUAACAUUGCUGUAGUGCCAGUCAGCCCAGAUACUGUAUAUCAUGUGUUGCUUUUAUGCUCAGCAAUCUGUGUGGUAUCCCUGUCUGACACAAGGCAGGUUUACACUGGAGCUCACUUCACUGUACAAUGGCUGCAUUUGCCCUAGUCUCGGUAAAAUAAAGGAAUUAUGUGCAAUA